AUGGUGAGGUCGAAGCUGGGAAAUGGGGAGGGUGUGCGAUUUUGGUUAGAUGUUUGGAUGGGUGAUUGUGCUUUAAAAGAUAAAUGGCCAAACUUAUUUAGGUUGGAAAACAAUAAAACUUGUUUAGUCUCUGAUCGUCUAAAGGUUGAUAAUGAUCGAGUUCAACUAGAAGCGGGCUGGAGUAAUCUGCUGCAUUCGGAAGAAGAUUUCCAGCAAUGGAAUCAGCUUUGUGUUGGUUUGGAAAAUGUGAAGAUGUCUACAACCGAAGAUAAAUGGAUGUGGAGUGGGGAGAAAAACAAGAACUUCUCGGUUAAGUCGGUUAGAAAGUUGCUGAGAAAUGGUGAUGCUUACGGUAAUGUGUUUGUUUUAAAGUGGAUUUCGUGGGUGCCUUUAAAGUGUUUGAUUAUGGCUUGGCGCGCGGUGGUGGAAUUGGUGAAAAGAGGUGUUUAUAUUCCUAAUACGCUUUGUGUUUGGUGUGAUUAUCAUGAGGAGACAUCUAUGCAUGUCCUUGCCGAUUGCAUCAUAGCGAUAAAUGUUUGGGAGCGGAUAGGGAAAUGGUGUGGUUUGGAGCUGAUAUAUGCGUUUGAAAUUAAAGAUUUGUUACAAGUGUACAAAAAAGUUUCGGGCGGCAAGAUGAAACGGAAAAUUGUGCAUGGUGUGAUGAUCGUGACGAUGUGGUCUCUUUGGAAAGCUAGAAAUGAUUCGGCGUUUAAUGGGAAAAAAGUGGCUAUUGGGGAUGUAGUUUCGAGUGUGAAUUCCCUUUCGUAUUUGUGGCUAAAGAAUAGAUCUAAAUGUAACACUAUAGGUUGGAAAGAUUGGUGUCGGUCCCCUUUGUAUAUGUUGUAG